CACGCAGCUUGCUACUCGCGAGGACGUUGUGUCCUCUCUUCUGAACUUGAGCAUGCUCCAGGCUCGUAAGGAGCGACUCACCCUCCAUGUCGCUGCACUGUGUCGCCUUCUCGCCGUCCUCUCUGACCCUGAUCGCACCCUCCCGAUCAUCCCAAUACGACUCGGGACCUCCACGAGGGUGUACUCAGCGUUGUGGGAUUCCGGUUCUCAGGGCGACUUCAUUCACCCAUGUGUGGUGAAGGAAGCCCGCUUACCCACGAUAGGGUCUCUUACUUCCAUCUCCGUUACCCUAGGGGAUGACAAGACCCAGCGCUUCUUCGAUCAGACGGUCACCGACCUCCCCUUCUUCCUCACUCUCGAGCCGACUGAUCGUUCCCCGGCGUCUCGUCGCCACCGCUCCUCUGCACAUUUCGAUGUGAUGGAGACGGGGUACGACUUCAUUCUCGGCACUCCGUGGUCUCGUCGGUUCCGCAGCACCGAGGCCGAUUGGGCGACCAACACUCUCGUUCUCAAAACGAAGUGUGGACAGACGUAUCGCGUACCUUUCAUAGGUACCACGGCGACACCACGCCCCGAUCCUCCUCCCCCGAAGCCUUCAGUGCCCACACCAUCUCCCUCUAUCACUGUCACCUCGCCUCAGCAGUUCGCUCACUUCAUUCGACAGGACGACGUCACCUUCUUUACGGUGGACGUAACGGAUCUCUUGCACUAUGAUCCACCCUGUCCCGACGUCAAGCUCAUCCCUCUGGAGCCAGAUCCUCCCUCUAUCUCCAUGGCUCCCAUCUCUACUUCCGUCCCCCCGCCACUCUCGAUCCCCGAGGCCACCGAAUUCAAGCGUCAUCUUGAGGAGCUCCUUAGACUAGGUUUCAUUAAACCCAGCAACUCCCCGUGGGGUGCACCCGUCCUCUUUGCUCGCAAAGCGGAUGGAGCUCUUCGUCUCUGCAUCGACUAUCACGGUCUCAACCGCUACAUGGUUAAGAACAGUUACCCCAUGCCUCGUUCCAAUGAGUUGUUCGAUCGCCUAGUAGGCAACCGCUUCUUUACGAAGAUCGAUCUUCGUAGCGGUUACCAUCAGAUCCGCGUCGCUGCAGCCAACCAGCCGAAGAUUGCGUUCCGAUCGCAAUUCGGCCACUACAAGUUCACGGUGAUGCCAUUUGGCCUCACCAACGCACCCGCUACCUUCCAGAGGGCGAUGAACGACAUCUUCAGGGACAUCCUGGAGCAGUACGUUCUCGUCUACCUCGACGAUAUCCUGGUCUAUAGUCGUACCCUUGAGGAGCACCUCAGACACCUCCGUGACGUCCUUGACCGCUUGCGCAGACAUGGCUUCUACGCCAAGUUGAGCAAGUGCCGCUUUGCUCAGCACAAAGUGGAUUUCUUAGGACACUACGUGUCUUACCAGGGUCUCCACAUGGACGACGCGAAGAUCACUGCUAUUGCGGAGUGGCCUGCCCCCACAUCCGCCAAGCAGCUUCGCAGCUUCCUAGGCCUGACCAGCUACUAUAGUAAUUUCAUCCGGGGAUACGCUAGGUAUUCCUACGCCCUUACCUCCACCCUCCUCCGGAAGAACCCACCCUGGGCUUGGACACCCCUCCACGAGGAUGCUUUCUGCGCCCUCAAGAAGGCGGUGACAUGCGCACCGGUUCUUCACCUACCCGAUUUCGAUCGCCCUUUUAUCCUUACCACCGAUGCAUCAGACUUUGUUGUAGGAGCAGUGCUUUCUCAGGUCUUCCUCUCCUCUCCUGAUUCCUCUCAUCCUCGUAUCCCUCGCUUCCCACCACCUACCCCUACCACCGCUUCCCGACUGACGCCUACUCGUCCAGCUACUGACGAGCCUCCUAUUGACUAUUCUCCUACCAUCGCCGAGGACGGCACUGUCGAGUCUCGCUCAGGUGAUUGUCCGAUAGCCUUCUACUCCCGUCAGCUCUUGCCCGCCGAGAUAAACUACACUGCUGAUGAACGUGAGUUUAGUUUCACCACUGAGCACAUCAAGGGUGAGACUAAUCGGGUCGCAGAUGCCCUAUCCCGACGCCCUGACCACGACCAGGAGCACAUCCAGCUCUUUUCCAUCGCGGUCACCACCGUCCACCACUCGGUGAUCGACGAGUUUCGCACUCAGUACCGCCACUGCCCCGACUAUCGCGACAUCCACGUGACCCUUCGGCGUGGCAAGACCGUCCCGAACUACUCUCUCGGGGACAACGGUCUUGUGUACUGGCACGGGUCAGAGGGCACCAGAGAGCCCCGUAUUUGCGUUCCCUCCACUGGACAGCUACGUGUCCGAGCAGUAGCAGAGUUCCAUGACCAGGCAGCCGCCGGUCAUAUGGGCUUCCACAAGACGUUGGCUCGUGUGAGCCGCCUGUACGUCUGGCCGAAGCGCAAGGACUUUGUGAAGGACUACGUCGCAGAGUGUCCCAUCUGUCAGGAGGUGAACAGUGUGAACCACCUACCUUAUGGUUUGCUCCAGCCUCUUCCUAUCCCUGAGGUCAUUGGUUGUCCAUCUCGAUGGACUUUAUUGGUCUUCUUCGACCUCCGACCCCCCACAGUCAUGAUGCUAUCUUGGUCGUCGUCGACCACUUCACAAAGCGUGCACGCUUUGUUCCGUGCCGCUAUGCUAUCAGUGCACGUGAGGUCGCCGACAUCGUGUUUGACCGAGUCGUGUGUAACCAUGGCUUACCUCUCAGCAUCAUAUCUGACCGUGACCCACGCUUUACCAGUCGAUUAUGGUGACGACUCCACGAGGUAUACGGCACUCAGCUCCGCUUCUCCUCAUCUUACCAUCCUCAGACUGAUGGUCAGACCGAGGUCACGAACAUGACUCUAGGAAAUAUUCUCCGAAAGA